AUGAGGUACAUACACUCUGAAGAGACGCUGACCAUACCGGCCAAUGUUAAGGUACACAUCAGAUCCAGGAUAGUCAGUGUGGACGGUCCUCGAGGCAAGCUCGUUAAGGAUAUGUCCCAUCUCUCCGUCUGCUUCUCCCACCCAUCAAGAAACAUAAUCACCAUCGAACUACACCACGGCGCUCGCAAAAAUGUCGCCACACUGCGCACAGUCAAGAGCCUCAUCAACAACUUGAUCAUUGGGGUCACGAAGGGCUUCAAGUACAAGAUGCGAUACGUCUACGCGCAUUUCCCCAUCAACGUGAACAUCGAAAAAAAUUCUGAGACUGGCCUAUACGAUGUGGAGAUCCGAAACUUCAUUGGCGAGAAGAUCAUUCGACGAGUCACCAUGUUACCAGGCGUUGAUGUGGAAGCUUCAAAAAAUCAGAAAGACGAACUCCAGCUCACAGGCAACUCGUUAGAGAAUGUCUCUCAGAGCGCGGCGGACAUACAACAGAUAUGCCGGGUCAAGAAUAAGGAUAUCCGCAAGUUCUUGGAUGGUCUUUACGUCUCGGAGCGAGGGAACAUCGAGAAUGCAUCAUAA